CCCUCGUCAUCAUCUCCCUCGUCAUCAUCUCCCUCGUCAUCAUCUCCCUCGUCAUCAUCUCCCUCGUCAUCAUCCCCCUCGUCAUCGUCAUCAUCACCCUCGUCAUCAUCACCCCUGUCAUCAUCCCCCUCGUCAUCA